AUGGUAAACAAUAAAACACAAUGUUUUACAUGUAAUAAAGAUAAAAUAACAUAUCUUUGUGGAGGAUGUUUGAGAAACUUUUGUUUAAUGGAUCUAACAAAACAUCGUCAAAUAUUAAAAGAAGAACUACAUCUUAUUAUUAAUGAUUAUGAUCAAUUUAAAGAAAUAUUUAGUGAACAAAAACCAAAUUCACAUGAUCUUUCUUUAAUAGAUCAAAUUAAUCAAUGGGAAACAGACUCAAUUGAUAAAAUUAAACAAGAAGCCCAGGAUUGUAGAAAUAUUAUCAUUGGAUAUUCACAAACAUUUUUAAAUGAUAUUGAAAUGAAAUUUAAUGAUUUAUCUGAGCAGAUGAAACAAAUUGAUGAAGAAAAUGAAUUUAAUGAGAUUAAUUUAAAUUACCUAAGAAUUCAGUUAAGAAAAACUACAGAAGAACUAAAUAAUCCAUCAACUAUUUCUAUAGAAGAGGACUCUCAACCAUUUAUCAAUGAAAUUUCAAUUAUUUCAUUAGAACAAAAACCAAAAUUCAACAAAUGGAAACAAAAUGCUAUCACUGUGGCUGGUGGAAAUGAAGAAGGACAAGAACUAAAUCAACUCAAUAGCCCUCGCGGAAUCUUUGUUGAUAAAAACAAAAAUAUUUUCAUCGCUGAUUAUCAUAACCAUCGUAUAGUUGAGUGGAAAUGUAAUGAAGAGGAAGGACAAAUCAUUGCAGGUACACAUAGACAAGGAAAUCGAAUAGAUCAAUUAAGUCAUCCGACAGAUGUGAUUAUUGAUCAACAAAAUCAUUCGAUCAUUAUUGCUGAUAAAGGAAACAAACGAGUGAUUCAAUGGUUGACCCAAAAGCAACAAAUUCUCAUUAAUCAUAUUUGCUGUUAUGGCUUAGCAAUGGAUAAAUAUGGAUUUCUUUAUGUUACUAACACUGGGAAGGAUGAAGUAAGACGAUGGAAAAUGGGUGAAUAUAACAAUGAAGGAAUUGUAGUAGCAGGUGGAAAUGGAAAUGGAAAUCAACUCAGUCAAUUGAAUUCUCCAGGUUUUAUUUUUGUUGAUGAAGAUCAAUCUGUUUAUGUAUCAGAUUGGGGAAAUCAACGUAUUAUUAAAUGGAGAAAAGAUGCAAAAGAAGGAACAAUUGUAGCUGGAGGAAAUGAUGGAGGAGAAAAUCUCAAUCAACUGUAUCAUCCUCAGGGUGUAAUUGUUGAUGGUUUGGGUCAAGUCUAUGUGGCAGAUUAUGGUAAUCAUCGAGUAAUACGUUGGUGUGAAGGAAAAGAAGAAGGUGAAAUUGUUGUUGGUGGAAAUGAUCAAGGAAAUCAAUCAAAUCAAUUGAAUCUCCCCAGUGGUUUAUCUUUUGAUGAUGAUGGAAAUCUUUAUGUUGCUGAUUAUUUGAAUCAUCGAGUUCAAAAAUUUGAAAUAAUUUUGUAA